UGAAUACAUGAAGCAAAUGCGAGCAAUGUUAGACUCCCAUGAUCAGGAAAGCGAAAACGCUCGGCACCGCAUUAGCAUGUUGCUACUUGAAAGGGAUACUGCUAGAAAAAACUUCGACCGCGCAGUUAGAGACGUUGGAGAUAGUAACGCUGAACUUAGACGCGUGGGUGCGCAGCUGGAAGCCUCGGUAAUGCAAGAGCGGCGGUUAAACACGGAAAUCAUCGUCAAGGAGGAGCAAUUAAGACAAAGAGAGCAAGCCAUAGAGGACCUGGAAAGGCAAAUACAAACGCAACGGGAAAUAAUCGACGAUCAAACUCGCACCGAAGGAGAAAGAGAAGCAGCUCGGGCGCAAGUAGGGUCCCUAGAGGAACGAAUUGCGGAGUUGCAGGCGCAAAGGGAAGGCUUGGAAAGGGAGCUGGGGCUUACCACCAGACAAAAAAUACUAAGAGGCCUUUUGAAGUAUGGCGUGCCGCUGGCGUUCGCAGUUACCCUUGCGGGUGCUAUUGCUGGAAUUAUGAAUGCAAUUAACGGCGUGGCCUCAGGUGCAAAGGCGCUUGGAAAAAAGGUGGGAAAAGAAAUGGGGGAAAUGGGAAAAAAAUUAGGUAAUGGGCUAAUAGCCCUGGGAAAAACAAUGGCAGCCAGCAUUCCCGGGCUGCUUGGUAGCGUCUUAAGCCUAACACUGAAGGCGGGCGGUGAACUGUUGAAGUUCGUGGGGAAUAACAUUUGGAUAUUAGUCGUCGCUAUUGGGGUGGUAUUCCUGAAGAAGAUGAAGGUUUAAGCUUAUCCGAGCGCAUUACUUCCCCCACUUCCUCCUUAGGCGUCCUUGUUUGCGAACGGGGGGCGAAUAUGGUAUUCGCACCACCCUGGUAGCGCGGUAGUAAAGGCAGCACACUAAUGGUGCUAAUGGACUUAUGAUUCCAAAUUUCAUCUUUAGGAACAUCCACGGCAGAAUGAAUGGUGUUUAUUCCAACAAAGCCAAUGUACUUUUGCCCUGCAAUCGUGCGGGCGUCGCUUGGGCGCACUUGCAACUUUACGCGUUGACAAUUAACUAUCAUAUGAAAAGUUACCGACGUUAAGUUCUCUGCGCUCCUUGGCGUAGGCUCAAAUGAAAAGUGAGCCGAAUGCCUGCUGUUCAUUUUUUUCCUAUAAGGCGGUAGUGGGGUGUUGGUUUCGUCGACCAGCCUAAAGCCUAAAUUGCAGCUAUUCCAGCCGCUAAUGCUAACAGUGCACAUUACUAGACCUAAGCCGCCCACGUAAGCCUGCAGCUGGGUAUCUUGCCAUAAAUCCCCCCAAAAGCUAGCGUCU